UUGGAGCUAUAAAUAGGCCUAGGUCACAUGCGUUUGUAUUUACCCUGGCCUGUUGAGCGUGCACCGUCACAGGAGUACAUGUAUGCGUACAUGUACGUGCCUGCGGUACAUAGUGCAUAUGGGCAAUCAGAUGAUGAGCUACACCAUACUGCAAUACACUUAAGGUACGGCUGAGGAUGGCAUCCGAAUGACAGUGGAAAGAAUCUUGUGGUUCGCGCUGUUCAUGGGAUACCUUUGUGGAUUAACUUCAACGUGUUUCUGCUGCGGAAACUGUUAAGUGUUGCGCUUGCCGUAACGUUUUAUUCUUCUGUGUGGGAUAUUAGUUAUAUUUGUUGAUUAGGCCUAGCGCUCUACCACAGUUCCCAGGACUGCGACAGAAACGACAAGAUGCCGCUAUUCCACCGAGAGAAGCGAGGGCGUGAACCGGUGAGGCCGAAGUUAGAGGAUAAAUACGACCUCAAGGAAGUGUUGGGAACGGGGGCCUUCUCGGAGGUGGUGAUGGCAGAAGACAAGACCACUGGACAGUCUGUAGCAAUAAAAUGCAUCGACAGAAGGGCCCUGAAGGGCAAAGAGGACACGCUAGAGAACGAGGUCUGCGUCCUAAAGAGAAUCCGGCAUUCAAACAUCGUGAAGCUCUACGAGAUAUUUGAGAAUAAAACACAUGUGUACCUCGUCAUUGAACUGGUUACUGGUGGCGAGCUCUUUGACAGAAUAGUAGCCAAGGGCAGCUACACGGAGAAAGACGCCAGCAAUAUUAUCAAACAGGUCCUGGAGGCAACAGAUUACAUCCACGAACUGGGAAUUGUUCACCGAGAUCUCAAGCCUGAGAAUCUUCUCUUUUACAACCCUCAAGAAGACUCCAAGAUAAUGAUCAGUGACUUUGGCCUGUCCAAGAUGGAAGGAUCGGGGGACAUGAACACGGCGUGCGGUACGCCGGGCUACGUGGCCCCCGAGGUCCUGAGGCAGAAGCCCUACGGCAAAGCGGUGGACGUUUGGUCUAUCGGCGUCAUCACCUACAUAUUGUUAUGCGGCUACCCACCGUUCUAUGAUGAGAGUGACGCUGUUCUAUUUCAGCAGAUCAUGAACGGCCACUACGAGUUUGACUCACCCUACUGGGACGAGAUAUCAGAUUCGGCUAAAGAUUUCAUCAGCCAUCUCAUGAAGGUAGACCACAAGGAGAGAUUCUCAUGUCAGCGGGCCAUAGCCCAUCCAUGGAUAUCAGGAAACACUGCCCUCGAUAAGAACAUCCACGAGUCCGUCAGUGAGCAGAUCAAGAAGAAUUUUGUCGCCAAAUCCAAGUGGAAGCAAGCCUUCAACGCGACGGCCGUGGUACGACACAUGCGCAAGUUGGGACUGGGGGAGCUGGCAGCAUCAGCCAACAACAACGACGGACAGUCCAAAGACAGGGGCAGCAAAGACACCGACGGCACUGUACCGGGUACCGGGGAGGGCGAGCAGAGGCCAACCUGCAAAGGAGCAUCCGAAUCAAGCAGAUGAGUCAUGGCACCGGACGUGCAACUGCUUCCCUCUCCCCCCCCAAAAACCUUCUUAAUUGUAACUCAUUAAUUGACGUACCAUGCCAAAACCUGGUGGAGUUUUGUGUGUGUGUGCAAUUCAAAUCGGUCAAGCAGAUUUAGUUUGAAAUCCUGUGAUCAAUUAAAACUCCCUUGUAUGAUCCAAUCACAAGACAUCAAAGUACCACAGAUCAGCCCACCAUUGCAGUAGGCUAGCAUUUGGCAAGCAACUGUACAUCAUAGGUUAUGAACUAGGCAGUGAAGCUUAGGUUCAUGUACAAGAACCGUUCACUCUUUAUCAAACAGCAACAUGUUUAUUACUUUACUUCAUAUUCCCAAAUAAAGUGCAGCGCUGCGGUCUUUGCAUAUGACAAGGACAGAUGUAAGUUGGGUCAUGUGUCUCAGUGAGAGAGGACGCAGAUGAAGAGUUUUCCACUUGUCCUCAUGUAGCAAAAUGCAGAAGUAACUGUCUUUUCAGUUGUCGAUCAAGUGAAUCUGUCAUGGUGUAAAUAUCAAGUGCAAUUUUUUUUGCAUUCUUUGAAUAAAAUGUUAUCCACAUUCUCACCAUUUAUUCUGGUUUGUUUUAACGCCUUUUAACACCGCUGAUUAAAAAUAAACCUUGGAAAGUUUUCAUCUUGUUCAAGAUUCUCACCAUUUAUUCUGGUUUUUUUAAUGCCUUUUAACACCGCUGAUUAAAAAUAAACCUUGGAAAGUUUUCAUCUUGUUCAAGAUUCUGGUUCUGGCAUUGUGAGUCAUGUGUAAUUUGUAUACCAACGUAAUAGACCCUUUGCAUUCAACAGCCAUCUUGGAGGUCCUUUUGUUCAUUUUAUUCAGUAACAGUGAGCGUAUGGAAGGUGUCCUUGUGCUGUAACCUCGAGGAACAAGAGCACACACAUCUUAUAAGAUAGCACUGAUAUAAAGGAUUGCAUUUGGCAACCCUCUUGAAGAUUGUUUUUCAUAUUUUUUUGUUUUAAACACUGAAUGCACAUAAGAUACAUUCAUAUGAAUCUCUGUAUUAAAAUCUAAAGCACGGGCCUUCAAGAUGGCUGCCGCACAAUUGGUCUGUAUGAACAUAGUGAGUUCUUUGUAUAUAUACUCAGCCUUAUGAUGUACUCUUCCUUCUAACAUUCAGCUGCCACUGGUGGAUUUAGUAUCCAGAUCUCUCCCCUGCCCAUUGUUUCACCGUUAUUGGAAGCCCCCAUCUUUUUUGCUUUUGUAGCAGAUAUUUCAUUUUGCGUAUUGCUGUGUGGUACGUAGAAUUGGGAGCUGGAAGCCAAAAAAGCAGCACAGUUCCUUGUGGAGUGCAAUUUUAAAGCAAAUUUUAACAGGCAAUGAUUGCUUCUCCAGAAUGGCUUUGGCCGGGGGGAGGUGUUAAGAAAAGGGGUGUGUUAUAGGGAUUUCACUACAUUUGGACAUUUCUCUGCAGAUUGUGUGCCGCGUUGCCCACUUCUUCCAGGAAUGGUUCACCAGAACCCACAGGCAUUGCUUACAUUCCUGGCCGGGAUAUUGGAAACUACAUGUGUACGAACACAGGGGAACCCAGUGCUAAAUAUGACAUGGGGGCAAGUGCGCAGUCACUAAACAUGUUUUUGACAGUUUUCAGGCAUACACAUGUUUAGUUGAGCUGGUGAUAUCUGAACACAACUGUUCAUUACGCUCACCAAAAUGUAUGCGUUAUCUACACGCUAUUCAGCUCUCUGUACAUCUGUGUGUACACGUAGAUCAUGCAUAAGAAUUUGCUGAGCGUGGGGAACGUUUGUGUCUGGAUGUUGCCAGCUCAGUUGGUCGCCAAGUAGUCAGCUAAUACAGAAGCCUGACUGGCUACAUUUUUUUGGCCCAAAGUGGAAGCUGCCGUCUUUUUGUUAGUAGUGCCAUAGAAUCCACCAGUGGGGCCAGCCAUUUUGUUAGACAACACUCUGCGUGUAUCUUUGAGAGAUAAACGGAUGAACUCUUUUUUUGUAAAUGAUAAAUUUAAGCUGCAGAAGUAGACUGCUGUAAAGUAAAGUGUGUAGAUCGUGCAUAAAUUCGCAGUGUAGAAAUUCACAAUUUUGUACCAUUAAUCAUGCUGCGUUGGCAUUAAUUAACAGGGGUCAAUCAUCGAAGUGUUUGGUGUAUGUGGGUCAUUAGGGAAUGUUAUGCAGUCAAGUUUUGAAUAUUCUGCUGUAUUUAUCAUUGGAAAGGGAAAAAGUUGGGAACUCCCUGUCCUUAGAAAUGCAGGAACUUCAUGGUUGAAACUACACUUGACUAUAAGUUCGGUGGGUAAUCGUAAGUUCUGGCUCCACACUGAUGUGCUACGGUGUAUUGUAUUGUAAAAUUCAGUUGGUCGAGAACUGCUUCAUGGCCUUUAGCAAGAGUUAGCAAGAGUUUAGCAAGAGUGACCACCAAUUACCUGUAGGUUCUGUAUGAAAUCAUACACAAAUGCAAACUCGCGAUGUCAAAUUAUCUGAUUCAUGGUGUGAAAAUGCAAACGUUGAACACGUUCAACUCAAGGUGAAUUUUGCUGCAAAUGUUAAGUGAUGUUAAAUUGAUUUGCAAUCACAUUUGCCUGAAGUGUGAACUGGCCUUUGCUCCCGGACCAAUAAAAGUAUUUGGCAGCAGGAUUUCAAAGUGAAAUAACGGAAUAGAACCCCCCCCUCAGUACUGUAUUGAUAAUGUAUUAAAUGGCAAGUGAGAAGGGAGGAUUGAAUUCAGUGAUUUCAGGGCAAAGGAUUUUUGUCUUGUUGAUGGGAUGUCAGCUGCUCUCAUUUCUCACUUUCCAUGUUCACAGUUGUUCACUUUUCCACCUUUCACUCUCAUUGUCAAUUGCUGAACUUGGACGUUUUGGCUUUCUUUCCGCAUCGGUGUAAUUUUGAGCGGAUUUCAAACUUCCUCGAAUGAAAGCGCAUGUAACAAAUAGGGUUGGGCUGCAUCAAUCUCUUGUCAAUUUAUUUGAGCUAAGAUAUUUCAUAUUAUACUGAGCUUGUCUGCUGAACUUGCUUAAACCAGUUGAACAUAGCCUAAAGAUAGAAAUGGUCUUACCUGUAGAUGUGUGAAUCCAUCAGUUGAAGAUUUCACGUUUGAUUCUUUUUGAUACACUGUACAUACUGAAACAUCACUACCUUGACUACAUUCAGGAGAGUUUGAAAUGACGCUUACAGAUUUUUAAGGGUGGCGUUUGCUCUUUACUUGGAAUUCAGUUUUUCACAUCAUACAUGGACUGCUUUUUCAUAAGUGAUCAAUAGAUGUGUAUAAGAAUCGAAAGCGUUUGGUUCCAGACGUAAAUCAACUGAAGUUGUUCUAGUUCGUGCUUGGUGUGUUAUAUGAAUGAAACUGAGAAUUCAUAGAGAAUGUCCUCUCCAACCUAGAAGGUUCACCGUUUGUGUUUGGACCCGAGUUUCCAGGUCCUUGCUUUAAUGGUGUAACUGCUUUUGAGCGGUACCAAGUCAUCUUUGACACCGUAUGAAGGUUUGCAGUCAUCGUUUGUGAUGAGAUACAGUAAGUGAAUGUGUGAUUCAGUAAAUUCGAGACGUUGGAUAAAAAACCACUAUGUUCAAGUUGAUGAUGUAUGCUUUUUUGGAUCGAUGGAAAAGCUUUCAGCAGACAGGUACUUCGCCACGGGCAAUAUGUAAUGGUGUGGAAGGCAGGACAUUGAUUGUCCUUGAAAUUUAAGAAAUGGGGAGGGAGGGGGAACUGAAAGCGUUUAGUCAGAAAUGUUGGCUGGUCAGAAUAGUACCAGUAGGGUCCUCAGUCAGGGUCCUCUGUCAGGGUCCUCAGUCAGGUGGUGAAGAUGAGGUCCCAAUGUGUCCUCUGUCUUGACUUCAAUCUUGCAACACACCUGUUUUUUCUGACUGGCUCUCUGUGUGAUAGGGGAUGAAACCCUGUGAAUUUUGGUUUUGGGCGCAUCACAGUACAUAAUUGAACAUUGUCACAACUGCCUGGAGCCUGGGCAGUGGAUCCAGGCACUUGGGUGUCCUUGAGCAGGAUGGUUGACAAAGAUUUUUUCAUUCCACCCAUAUAUUAGCACAAACUGGUUGGUCUGGGGGCCAGUCUUAUCAUUGUCUGAUGUUAGCGUAAAUCUUUAGUUCCUGCAAAAUAGAGUCCUGCUUUCCCAAUGGCCAGACUGUGCAUUUUUUCCUCUCUGAUUUUAGUGCUGCUUUGAAAAUUUAUCUGUGAACAUUCAUCAAAUAUGGCCAGAUAUCUAAAACUCAGCCUACCAAACAGCACACCCAUACUCAUUUGUCCAACAUUUUUGUUAUAAAAAAGCAUCUGCAAAGAUGUGGCUGAAUUAAUUUUGUGAAUGUGAACACAGGAUUCACCGCGCUUUUGAUUUUUUUCUCCAGAUUGUAAAAAUUUUUAGUCUCGUGUUGUGUUUCUUAACUUGAUCACCUUCAAGGAAAAUCUCUGAAUUUCUUAGAGAGCAGGAACUCGUGUAUUAAACUUGUAAAAUUUCUGUGUAUCAUAGUGAAAAGAUUUAACUGCCUUUUUUGUUGAGCUAUGUCUGUAUUUUCUUGUGUCUGUUAUAAAACUACCUUUGCAGAACAGGCACUACAAACAUGUAACCAAUGAUAAAGGGAUGUAUCUAAAGAGUCGUGAGCAAUCAUGUUUUGUCAGGUGCUGAGAAGAAAAAUCAGAUUUUAUUUGACUGUUUAAAGGGCCUGUGAAGGGACAAGAGUGGAUUGUGUAUUGAUGUUAUUUUUUGUAAAGCUGUCUUUCAGAAUCUGUAGUAGAAGUUUGGUCUGAAAAUGUUGCAUUUGGUCGCUGGUCAUUAGUUUGCAUUGUAAUAAGUGUGAAUUAUCACAGUUGUAAAAAAAGGGAGAUUGUAAUUUACGGUUACUGUGCACUGUCAGAUUUUCACAGGGUGAGAUUCUUGAGCGUGGCUAUAGUGUAGCAUAAAUAAUGUAGAAAGUCUUGAUUUUGUUAACGUGAAAAGCUAAAAAAAAAUUAAUGCAGCUUGCUUGCUUAUAUUUACAGGCGCCUAUCUCAGAGUGAUUCUUUUUAUCAAUACAUGUACGUAUGAAAAGAAUUGAAACAUUGACUUGGUUUUUUUUUUUAAUGCUUUUGAGAAUGAAAACGUAUGUUUCUGUUGUACAGUUUGAUAAAGAAGCGUGCAAGAUAUGUAAAAAAAGAAAUGGUUUACCACAGCAAUGAACAUCGACCCAACUUGUCCUGUUCUGAACAUGUGCUGUUCAAGUGUCAAGUUGGUCAAACUUCACGCAGAUUUUAAGUUUAUCACAACUCUUAGAAAAACUUUCACACUGGCUGAAAAUCUUACACGUACUCGUUGGGUACCUUGCUACCACGUUGGGUUUUCUUUGGGGAGCAUCCUUCAUGUUCGCAUUAGCUAUUCAAGUCUCCUUCAAUAGAAUGACUUGUAGUUCAGUCAUAUUUUCUCUUCUCUCUGUUCGGGGGGGGGGGAAUGUUUAGAGUGGAAUGGUUUGAACUGCGAACAGCCGUACUACACUUGUAAGGUCCGUUCUUUUGACGUUACAGUUGUGUUUCUCCCUCAAGUAGCUGCUAAAACUAUGGCUAUCAGUACAAAAGUACACACCAAAUAAUAAUACAAGUACAACUAAAUAAAACUACAACCCUAUUUAAAAUUAAUUGGAACAAAUUUGAGGUAAAAUCGAAAACCAAUCAAAAGGUGAUAUUUUCUGGAAGUUUUGGCCACCCAAACAAAUAGCAGGGAAACUGGGAGUGGUCUAUUUAUCAGACAAGAAACCAAAAAGUUCAAAAUCUCUUUUUUUCUCGUUGUACAUCACACUUGUCAAAUCUUUCGAUAUAUAAUAAUCAUGAGAAAAAUAUAUAUUCAGAAAAAAGCACCUUUUUGUGUAACAAUAUUGAAAUAAUUUAGAAGUACUUUAACUGUAGUUAGCAAAUUAACAUUUAGUAAUUUAUUUCAUAUUGAAUUGUUCCCAUUUUUAAAAAUUUUUCAAACUAAAAUUUUAACUUAUAGAAAAAGCUAAAGUUCCAUAAUAUGGUUUUCCUGUUGAUAGAAAAUAUGUUACCCUUGAAGUUACAGCUUCUUUCAGUGAAAACUGCCCACAGAAUAGGGCUUGGGAGUGCAAGCCGUAACUUCUGUAGCAAAACCAGACAAAAAAGUCAGCAGUGACGGUAACUGAGGGAAGUACGAAAUCUAAGUUGACUCUCUCCGCAUAGCAGCCAUGACUUAUAGUUAACUAUCGUCACCAAUUCGUAGCACAUGCAGGUCGUAAUUAGAAAGCCCUCGAAAUACAUUUGGGGUCAAUAUUGUACAUUUUGGAGUGCCUUUUUAUAAAUGCAAAUGGGAGCGUCAUCAAAAAGUGUGUGGUUAUUGUUACAAAACGGAAAUAUUUUUUGUUGUUUCCGGAUUGUUGAUUUUAUUCCUUAAAAAAAAAAAAAUUCAUUAUCUGAAUUAUAUAUACAGGUAUAUGUUUGUAUAUGUGCAGCCUUGUGGAAUAGAACAAGAUAUUGGUACUGUACAGUAUAAAUGUUUUCGACAUAGAGGUGGUAAAUGUAUGUGCAUUACGAAUGUAAUUGUUUUUUUUUUCCAAAUUUG